UGGGAGCAGCAGCUGUAGAUGUUAGCAGUCCUCGCACAUCAAUGAUCAAGCUCAAUAAAUAAAAAAGGCCAAGCUCUGAGUUUUGGAAAAUAUAUGCAGUCUUUGUCUGUUCCAGACUCUCUUGGUUUUCUUGGUUUUCACAGGAAAGUGAUGUCUGGCUCCCUGCUGGCCCCAGUUGGCUGCUGGCCAGCCUCAGCAGGAGGCCCUGCUUCUGGAAGGGUGUGGCUUGGGAUGCCUGGUGGUGGGGGAGAGUGGCGAGGCUCCUCAGGACCACAGGAAGGAAGCAUCUGUAGGGCUGGGCAGCCUCUGAGAAGAGCCCUUGAGUCCACGUGGAGAGCAGGCAGCUGGGCACAGGAGGUGGCUCUGUCAGCUGGCUGUAAAAGCACUUGACACAUGUGUCCAGACAACGAUGAGGGGGUGAAGGUGGACUUGCCCCUCCUUCCCCCCACAUAGUGCUCUGUGUGGCAGCACGGCCCUGUAUAACCUCCUGCUCUUAAGGUUUCCCCUCACACAGGAAACUCCACCGAUUGCAUUGAUCCCGGUGCAUCUCCGCAGCCUAAAUUCCAAGGCCCUCGGGUCCGGGGUCCACCUGGUGGUCUGUGAGAGGGCCCUAACCGGGCACGAUCCUGGCUCUGUGUAGCAUCCCGCCUGCAUUUCAGACACUGGUAUGCUCUUCCCUUCGUCCAGAGGCAGGCCAGCCGCUACCCCCUGGUUCACAGUCAGGUGCCCUGGGAACUUAGUGGCUCAGGGGCAGCUUUGCCCAGAGCUCAGGUUCAGUGCUCAGUGUGGAGAUUCCUUUGUCCGGGGACUUUUUUCAUAUGAUCCUUCAGAACCCAUAAGCUGUUCUCCGUCCUGAGAUUUUUCCACAGUCCUCACGUGUCCUAGGUCUUGGGCCAGGAGUGGCCGUUUUCCACUCUGAGAUGGAGUUUUUGCUUGGAAAAGUGGGCGGAGUGUAAAGGCAGGUGGUAUGAGUGGAAAUGCCUCCGGACCUGUGACGGACUCCACCCUCCACAAACUUCCCACUAUUCUCUCUGCUUGCUGUCGGUCUCCCAUCUUAGCUGAUAGAGUUGAAUGUUGUUGCUCUUUCUGGCAUCCCUGUGAGGAGAAGAGAGUUUGGUGACAGUCCCAAUUUCUCAGCUUACGGAGCUGAGAAAUUGGGGCCCAGAGAAGGCUAAUUAGCAGAAUCCAAGAUUCUGACACCCCUCCUUUUUUUUUUUUUCCAGAGUAUCAUCUUUUCUUGCAUGUCUUCCCCAAAUCCAUCAGUAGGAAGGGAAAAUUAGUUGCCAGGAAGGGCCUUCUUCUGCCAGGUCAUCUAAUUUGUUAAAGCUUGUUUGGCUUUUCAGUCCCUACUUCCCUCCUGAGUCCAUGGAGCUUUGCUUAGUUACUGUAACUAAGACUCUGCCAUUGAAGGUUCUCGCCUUCCCCUGUCCUCCUCCUUUUGGUCGCCUUGGUGAUCCUGGAGGGAGGUAGAUGUGGGCUUUUUUUUUUUAAGUAUUAUUCCAGAAGGCAUAACCCUGGGUCAUCUCAACACCCCCUCAUUGCUGCUCUUCCUCACCUCCUUACCCUGAUUUGCCUGUGGGGCAGGGGGCGUUUGGCGGUGGUGCUGGGAUAUCGGAUAUCCAAGGCAGCUCUAGGUACAUUUCCACCAGCUGUGGGCCAGACUCCACAUGUGGCAGCUCCUCUCUGGCUGAGGCCUCGGGAAAAUUCCAUGAUCUGGCUGUGCUGAGUCAUGCUUAGUCUCUGAGGAUACGUGUGUCACCUUUCGCAUGUCUGUCACUGGUCAGCCCAGGAUCUGGGAAAGGCUGCAGUUACUAUAGAGUGAUAUCAUGCUGCUGAUCUUUUCUAUUUGCCCAUCGCUGUAUGCUUUUCCCAGUGCUUUUACUAAUGUGCUGUUUAUCAAUAUGAAAAUGAUUAAUAUUAAAUCAUUUAUAAUAAGUGGAUUAUUCUGGAAAACAUUCCUCUCGUGAAUGAGGAAACUGAACUUCAGUGAGACCAAGUGACUUGAUGCUGAAGUUUCAAACUAUCCGUGGGGGCCUGAGGCUCCUAGGUAUCCGCCAAACCUCCACUGCCCCCGCUGCCUCGCCCAGUGUCCGGCGCCUGGAGUACAAGCCCAUCAAGAAGGUCAUGGUGGCCAACAGAGGCGAGAUCGCCAUCCGCGUGUUCCGGGCCUGCACGGAGCUGGGCAUCCGCACCGUGGCUGUCUACUCAGAGCAGGACACUGGCCAGAUGCACCGACAGAAAGCUGACGAAGCCUACCUCAUCGGCCGCGGCCUCGCCCCGGUGCAGGCCUAUCUGCACAUCCCAGACAUCAUCAAGGUGGCCAAGGAAAACAACGUGGAUGCCGUGCACCCUGGCUAUGGGUUUCUGUCAGAGCGAGCAGACUUUGCCCAGGCCUGCCAGGAUGCCGGGGUUCGGUUCAUUGGGCCGAGCCCCGAGGUGGUCCGCAAGAUGGGAGAUAAGGUGGAAGCCCGGGCCAUUGCAAUCGCUGCAGGUGUCCCCGUGGUCCCCGGCACAGAUGCCCCCAUCACUUCCCUGCACGAGGCUCACCAUUUCUCCAACACCUACGGCUUCCCCAUUAUCUUCAAGGCCGCCUAUGGGGGCGGGGGGCGCGGCAUGAGGGUUGUGCAGAGCUACGAGGAGCUGGAGGAGAACUACACCCGGGCCUACUCGGAGGCUCUGGCCGCCUUCGGGAACGGGGCGCUCUUCGUGGAGAAGUUCAUUGAGAAGCCGCGCCACAUCGAGGUGCAGAUCCUGGGGGACCAGUACGGGAACAUCCUGCACCUGUACGAGCGAGACUGCUCCAUCCAGCGGCGGCACCAGAAGGUGGUCGAGAUCGCCCCUGCUGCCCACCUGGACCCCCAGCUUCGGAGCCGGCUCACCAGUGACUCUGUCAAACUUGCAAAGCAGGUGGGCUACGAGAACGCGGGCACGGUGGAAUUCCUGGUGGACAAGUACGGCAAGCACUACUUCAUUGAGGUCAACUCGCGCCUGCAGGUGGAGCACACCGUCACCGAGGAGAUCACCGAUGUGGACCUGGUCCACGCCCAGAUCCACGUGGCCGAGGGCCGGAGCCUGCCUGACCUGGGCCUGCGGCAAGAGAACAUCCGCAUCAACGGCUGUGCCAUCCAGUGCCGGGUCACCACUGAGGACCCCUCGCGCAGCUUCCAGCCGGACACCGGCCGCAUUGAGGUGUUCCGGAGCGGGGAGGGAAUGGGCAUCCGCCUGGACAACGCCUCUGCCUUCCAAGGCGCCGUCAUCUCCCCCCACUACGACUCCCUGCUGGUCAAAGUCAUCGCCCACGGCAAGGACCACCCCACGGCCGCCACGAAGAUGAGCAGAGCCCUUGCCGAGUUCAGAGUCCGAGGCGUGAAGACCAACAUCCCCUUCCUGCAGAACGUGCUCAACAACCAGCAGUUCCUGGCAGGCACCGUGGACACCCAGUUCAUCGAUGAGAACCCGGAGCUAUUCCAGCUGCGGCCUGCACAGAACCGGGCCCAGAAGCUGCUGCACUACCUUGGACACGUCAUGGUGAACGGCCCAACCACCCCGAUCCCCGUCAAGGCCAGCCCCAGCCCCACGGACCCUAUUGUCCCUGUGGUGCCCAUAGGCCUGCCCCCAGCUGGUUUCAGAGACAUCCUGCUGCGGGAGGGUCCCGAGGGCUUUGCUCGAGCGGUGAGGAACCACCAGGGGCUGCUGCUGAUGGACACGACCUUCAGGGACGCCCACCAGUCACUGCUGGCCACGCGUGUGCGAACCCACGAUCUCAAAAAGAUCUCCCCCUAUGUUGCCCACAACUUCAGCAAACUCUUCAGCAUAGAGAACUGGGGAGGAGCCACAUUUGAUGUUGCGAUGCGCUUCCUGUACGAGUGCCCUUGGCGGCGGCUGCAGGAGCUCCGGGAGCUCGUCCCUAAUAUCCCGUUCCAGAUGCUGCUGCGGGGGGCCAAUGCUGUGGGCUACACCAACUACCCCGACAAUGUGGUUUUCAAGUUCUGUGAGGUAGCCAAGGAGAAUGGCAUGGAUGUCUUCCGGGUCUUUGACUCCCUCAACUACCUGCCCAACCUGCUGCUGGGCAUGGAGGCGGCGGGCAGUGCUGGUGGUGUGGUGGAGGCCGCGAUCUCCUACACGGGUGACGUGGCCGACCCCAGCCGUACCAAAUAUUCACUGCAGUACUACAUGGGCCUGGCUGAAGAGCUGGUGCGAGCUGGCACCCACAUCCUGUGCAUCAAGGACAUGGCAGGGCUGCUGAAGCCAACGGCCUGCACCAUGCUGGUCACCUCCCUCCGAGACCGCUUCCCUGACCUCCCAUUGCACAUCCACACCCACGACACGUCAGGGGCAGGCGUGGCAGCCAUGCUGGCCUGUGCCCACGCAGGCGCUGAUGUGGUAGACGUGGCAGCUGACUCCAUGUCUGGAAUGACUUCACAGCCCAGCAUGGGGGCCCUGGUGGCCUGUACCCGAGGGACUCCCCUGGACACAGGGGUGCCCCUGGACCGUGUGUUUGACUACAGUGAGUACUGGGAGGGGGCCCGGGGACUGUAUGCGGCCUUUGACUGCACGGCCACCAUGAAGUCUGGCAACUCUGAUGUGUAUGAGAAUGAGAUCCCAGGGGGCCAGUACACCAACCUGCACUUCCAAGCAUAUAGCAUGGGGCUCGGCUCCAAGUUCAAGGAGGUCAAGAAGGCCUAUGUGGAGGCCAACCAGAUGCUGGGCGACCUCAUCAAGGUAACCCCCUCCUCCAAGAUCGUGGGGGACCUGGCCCAGUUUAUGGUGCAGAAUGGGCUGAGCCGGGCAGAGGCCGAAGCUCAGGCAGAAGAGCUGUCCUUCCCCCGCUCAGUGGUGGAGUUCCUGCAGGGGUACAUUGGCGUCCCCCACGGGGGGUUCCCUGAGCCCCUUCGCUCCAAGGUGCUAAAGGACCUGCCAAGGGUGGAGGGACGGCCCGGAGCCUCCCUCCCUCCCCUGGAUCUGCAGGCACUGGAGAAGGGGCUGAUAGAACGGCAUGGGGAGGAGGUGACCCCGGAGGAUGUACUCUCAGCGGCCAUGUACCCCGACGUCUUUGCCCACUUCAAGGACUUCACUGCCACCUUUGGUCCCCUGGACAGCCUCAACACCCGCCUCUUCCUGCAGGGACCCAAAAUUGCAGAGGAGUUUGAGGUGGAGCUGGAGCGAGGCAAGACGCUGCACAUCAAAGCCCUGGCCAUAAGUGACCUGAACCGGGCCGGCCAGAGGCAGGUCUUCUUCGAGCUCAAUGGACAGCUGCGAUCCAUUCUGGUCAAGGAUAGUCAGGCCAUGAAGGAGAUGCACUUCCACCCCAAGGCCCUGAAGGAUGUGAAGGGCCAGAUUGGGGCACCCAUGCCUGGGAAGGUGAUAGACAUCAAGGUGGCAGCAGGGGACAAGGUGACCAAGGGCCAGCCUCUGUGUGUGCUCAGUGCCAUGAAGAUGGAGACUGUAGUGACUUCGCCCGUGGAGGGCACUGUCCGCAAGGUCCACGUGACUACAGACAUGACACUGGAGGGUGACGACCUCAUCCUGGAGAUUGAGUGAUCUUGCCCCGGACUGGCAGCCUGGCCAUCCCCACCCCAAGCCUUCAAGGUGCUGCGCUGCCAGGGCAGGCCCAGGCCAGCCAGUGCCCGAGGGCAGGAAGGCCGGGCCCUGGAGCUCCUGUCCUCAGUUGUUUGUGGCAGGAGAGACACUGCCUGUGGUGGCCCAUGCCUUUCCUCCUGCCCUCUGUCCUUUCCCUGCCGGUGGACAGUCGCUCACAUAUUCAUCCCUUGCCAAAUAAGGGUCCCCCCCUGCUGGAGACUACAGGUGGGGGUGCAGGCAGGCCUGGGACCUAGGGAAGCAGACUUAGGGGCCCUGCCUCCUGCAGGGGAAACCUAAGUCCCAGGUCUGAGAACUUCGCUCAAUAAAACUGGCUUUCCCCUUC